GUGUCCUGGGCGGGGAGGAGGGGCGGCGGCGAAUGCUGGGAGAGUCUGACGGUCGUCUCGAUAACGCAGGAACCGGUCGCCUAGGGUCUCCGCCAGCAGGAUGAAGUUAAAGGAAAUAGAUCGUACUGCCAUGCAGGCAUGGAGCCCUGCCCAGAAUCAUCCCAUUUACCUAGCUACAGGAACAUCUGCUCAGCAAUUGGAUGCAACAUUUAGUACCAGUGCUUCCCUUGAGAUAUUUGAAUUUGACCUUUCCGAUCCAUCCUUGGAUAUGAAAUCUUGUGCCGCUUUCUCUUCUUCUCACAGGUAUCACAAGUUGAUUUGGGGACCUCAUAAGAUGGAUUCCAAAGGAAAUAUCUCUGGAGUUUUGAUUGCAGGUGGUGAAAAUGGAAAUAUUAUUCUUUAUGAUCCUUCUAAAAUUAUAGCUGGAGACAAGGAAGUUGUGAUUGCCCAAAAUGACAAGCAUACUGGCCCAGUGAGAGCCUUGGAUGUGAACAUUUUCCAGACUAAUCUGGUAGCCUCUGGUGCUAAUGAAUCUGAAAUUUACAUUUGGGAUCUAAACAAUUUUGCAACUCCAAUGACACCAGGAGCCAAAACACAGCCUUUAGAAGAUAUCAGCUGCAUUGCAUGGAACAGACAAGUCCAGCAUAUUUUAGCAUCAGCCAGUUCCAGUGGCCGGGCCACUGUAUGGGAUCUUAGAAAAAAUGAACCUAUCAUCAAAGUCAGUGAUCAUAAAAACAAGAUGCAUUGCUCUGGGUUGGCGUGGCAUCCUGAAGUUGCUACUCAGAUGGUCCUCGCAUCUGAAGAUGAUAGGUUUCCAGUGGUCCAGGUGUGGGAUCUUCGCUUUGCCUCCUCUGCACUCCGUGUCCUGGAAAAUCAUGCCAGGGGAAUUUUGGCAAUUGCUUGGAGCAUGGUGGAUCCUGAACUAUUGCUGAGCUGUGGAAAAGAUUCUAGGAUUCUCUGCUCUGACCCAAACACAGGAGAGGUCUUAUAUGAACUUCCCACCAACACACAGUGGUGCUUUGAUAUUCAGUGGUGUCCCAGAAAUCCUGCUGUCUUGUCAGCUGCUUCCUUUGAUGGGCGUAUCAGUGUAUAUUCUAUCAUGGGAGGGAGUACUGAUGGUUUGAGGCAAAAACAAGCUGACAAGCUUUCAUCGUCUUUUGGAAAUCUUGAUCCCUUUGGCACAGGACAGCCCCUUCCUCCAUUACAAAUUCCUCAGCAGGCUGCUCAGCAAAGUAUUGUGUUGCCUCUGAAGAAGCCACCCAAAUGGAUCCGAAGGCCUGUUGGUGCUUCGUUUUCAUUUGGAGGCAAGCUGGUUACCUUUGAAAAUGUCAAAAUGCAGUCUCAGCAGGGAGCUGAGCAGCAGCAGCAGCAGCACGUCUUCAUUAGUCAGGUUGUAACAGAAAAGGAAUUCCUCAGCCGAUCAGACCAACUUCAGCAGGUCGUGCAGUCUCAAGGCUUUGUCAGUUAUUGUCAGAAAAAAAUUGAUGCUUCUCAGUCAGAAUUUGAAAAAAGUGUGUGGUCCUUCUUGAAGGUGAACUUUGAGGAUGAUUCUCGUGGAAAAUACCUUCAACUUCUAGGAUACAGUAAAGAAGACCUAGGAAAAAAGAUUACUUUGGCCUUGAACAAAGUGGAUGGACCUGAUGUGGCUCCUAAAGACUCUGACCAAGUAGCACAGAGUGAUGGGGAGGAGAGCCCUGCUGCUGAAGAGCAGCUCUUGGGAGAGCACAUUAAAAAGGAAAAACAAGAAUCUGAAUUUCUACCUUCAGCUGAAGGACCAUUUAACAUCUCCAUCAGUGGAGAUAUUGAUGGUUUAAUUACUCAGGCUUUGCUGACGGGUAACUUUGAGAGUGCUGUUGACCUUUGUUUACAUGAUAACCGCAUGGCUGAUGCCAUAAUAUUGGCCAUAGCAGGUGGACAAGAACUCUUGGCUCGAACCCAGAAAAAAUUCUUUGCAAAAUCCCAAAGCAAAAUUACCAGGCUAAUUACUGCAGUGGUGAUGAAGAACUGGAAAGAGAUUGUUGAGUCUUGUGACCUUAAAAAUUGGAGAGAGGCUUUAGCUGCAGUAUUGACUUAUGCUAAACCUGAUGAGUUUUCAGCCCUUUGUGAUCUUUUGGGAACCAGGCUUGAAAGUGAAGGUGAUAGCCUCCUGCAGACUCAGGCAUGUCUGUGCUAUAUUUGUGCAGGGAAUGUAGAGAAAUUAGUUGCAUGUUGGACUAAAGCUCAAGAUGGAAGCAAUCCUUUGUCCCUUCAGGAUCUGAUUGAGAAAGUUGUCAUCCUACGAAAAGCUGUACAACUUACCCAAGCCACGGACACUAAUACUGUAGGAGUUCUUUUGGCUGAGAAGAUGAGUCAAUAUGCAAAUUUGUUGGCAGCCCAGGGCAGUAUUGCUGCAGCCUUGGCUUUUCUUCCUGAAAGCACCAACCAGCCAAAUAUCGUGCAGCUUCGUGACAGACUUUACAGAGCACAAGGAGAGCCUAUACCAGGACAGGAAUCGCCUAAAGUACCUUAUGAGAGGCAGCAGCUUCCCAAGGGCAGGCCUGGACCAGUUGCUGGCCACACACAGAUGCCAAGAGUUCCGACUCAACAGUAUUAUCCCCAUGGAGAAAAUCCUCCACCUCCAGGUUUCUUAAUGCAUGGAAAUGUUAACCCAAAUGUUGCCGCAGCUCAGCUUUCCCCAUCUCCAGGUCAUAUGCACACCCAGGUACCACCUUAUCCACAGCCACAGCCUUAUCAACCAGCCCAGCCGUAUUCCUUCGGAACAGGGGGGUCAGCAACAUAUCGACCUCAGCAGCCUGUUGCUCCUUCUGCUUCAAACGCUUAUCCUAACACCCCUUAUAUAUCUUCUGCUCCUUCCUAUUCUGGGCAGUCUCAGCUGUAUGCAGCACAGCACCAGAUCUCUCCACCUACCUCCAGCCCUACUGCUGCUCUCCCCCCGCCCCCUUCCUCUGGAGCAUCCUUCCAGCAUGGCGGACCAGGAGCUCCACCAUCUUCAGCUUAUGCACUGCCUCCUGGAACAACAGGUCCUCAGAAUGGUUGGAAUGAUCCUCCAGCUUUGAACAGAGUACCCAAGAAGAAGAAGAUGCCUGAAAACUUUAUGCCUCCUGUUCCCAUCACAUCACCAAUCAUGAACCCCAUGGGCGACCCCCAGUCACAGAUGAUGCAGCAACAACCUUCAGCUCCAGUACCACUGUCAAACCAAGCUUCAUUCCCUCAGCCACAUCUUCCAGGUGGCCAGCCCUCCUUCCAUGGCAUACAGCAACCCCUUGGUCAAUCAGGCAUGUCACCAUCUUUCUCAAAGCCCAAUAUUGAAGGUGCCCCAGGAGCUCCUAUUGGAAAUACAAUCCAGCAUGUUCAGUCUUUGCCGACAGAAAAAAUUACCAAGAAACCUAUUCCAGAUGAGCACCUCAUUCUAAAGACCACAUUUGAGGAUCUUAUUCAGCGCUGUCUCUCUUCAGCCACAGAUCCUCAAACCAAGAGGAAGCUAGAUGAUGCCAACAAACGCUUGGAGUUUCUGUAUGAUAAACUUAGGGAACAGACACUUUCACCCACAAUCAUCAAUGGUUUACACAACAUUGCAAGGAGCAUUGAGACGCGAAACUACUCCGAAGGCUUGACCAUCCACACCCACAUAGUUAGCACCAGCAACUUCAGCGAGACCUCUGCUUUCAUGCCAGUUCUCAAAGUUGUCCUCACUCAGGCCAACAAGCUGGGUGUCUAAAAGGACAGCUACCCUCCUGGCCAAUAUUGCCAUUUUCCCAAAGAAACAUGUUUUUAAAAAAUGAUAAGAUAUGGACCAAUACUCAUCAGCAUGUUUCCAUAGCACUUACACUAUUUCUGCAGAGAUACCCAUCUUAGAACUGCUCCAAACCCCGGUGCUUUCCUUUGUUUUAAUCUUUUAUUGCCUGUGAUGAUUUUCUUAUUAUGCAAAUACGUGUAUUUCUUGGAUUACACAUAUUCUAUUUUCCUGAAGUAUUCUGAUAAAAUGUGGUUUUUAAAACCUUAGCAUACUUUUUGGAAAAGGAGCAUCUGGUUAUGCGUAAAGCAGAGCUAAAGCUACGUUUCUUCCAAAUCGUCCCUACUUCCUCUGUGACAAGCAGAUUCAAGUGUGUGAUCUUAUUUUAAGUGUAUGUAGUCUUUUUAAAACAGCUGCUCACAGUUUACCCUAAUCCUUUUUUGUGUCUUUGGCUUCACUCUGGUCCUGAACAAAUAAUUAAAUCUAGAGCCUGCUACAUAGAUUUUAGCAAAUAUUAAUUAAAAGUGGGAUCACUAGCUUUAAGUAU